AUGGCCCAACCACUUAACUUAGCACAUCAGUUUCUUGAUACCAACUUUAUCGAAUCUAAAAAGUACAAUGAUUUCAAUAUUCUACCAAUCAUAAGUACGAACCCAUACUGUGAAUCCUUUAUAGAUACACCUCCACCGAUUGCGGUAGAUUAUUUCUCCUAUGACCUAACAUUUGAGCAGUACCAUUCUUGUUGGAAGAACAUCAGCAACAACCAGUUUAUGAAACCUUAUGAAUUGUCCAAUGUCGACAAUAUCACCCGUUUGAGAGUUGUACAACAGACAGACGACUUGAUGAUGUUUUUACCCACCACAUCACAAGCCAGAUUAGAAAAUGCGUGCUGGAGAGCAUGGGGUAAAAAGCUCAACCAUUUGGACGAACUCAACCCAAGAGAAAUUAACUGGUUUAAAGAAAAUGACGUUACAGUCUUGUAUGGGCCUCUAAUACAGGAGAACCGAAGCUACGAGGACUUGAGAUCAAGAAAAAUGGAGCCAAGCGUGUCCACGCCAAGCAGCCCUUCUGUUGACUGGUCCGAUAACAGCAUUGACAGCGACUCUGAGAGCCUCCUACAGAGACGGUACAGCUUUGAAUCCAACUCCUCCAUUCCUACAUCUGUAUCUACCGCCUCAAGUACACCAUUGAAAGGCAUAUUGAAGAAACGCCGUAACGGCUAUCAUCCAGAGAAGGGGAAACAGAAAAAGAAAUGCUCCUUCAGUGAAGAGCUUUGUAGUGUUUGUGACAUUGUUUAA